CGUAAAAGUCAGCUUGUCAUUCUUAUUCCCAUGCAUUUCCACGAACCUGGCGCUAGUCUAGCUGUUAAUGCUAUUCGUCAAUAUAUUUUGGUUUGCACGGGUUUUGCCAACAUUGUUACUCUUGGUUCAUGAUAUCUGGACCGGGAGUGAUCUGAACCCGGCCAGCUACAACUAUCAUAUUCCGGAUCCUGAGCUGGUCAGAACCGAACCUGUUGGAACGUGGUGUACGUAUCAUUUUGACUUGAGGUGCACUGGAUUCUAUACUUAUCACCGUGCGUGAACGUAGCUUCCAUAUGUUAUUAAACGUUAUAUUAAUGCAGUAUGCAUCUACCAGAUUCCGGGUUCCAACCGGCUUCCACUACUACAUAAAAUCCAUUCAUCAUAUUGUGACUUUACAUCGAUCAAGACCAUGUUAUUCAUUUGUUACACUACUUAGCAGCUACUCAAGGAACAGUUAUGGCGGGCUUUGUGAGGACCCUGAUGAUCCCUAAUGCCUAAUGCCCUAAGGGUCUGCCCAGAUCUAAUUUUAGGAGUGGACAGUUUUAGGGCGGGACUCACCUGUAGACAUAGUUGGACGAUGGGGAAACCUGCCCCUUUUAUAAUAUUGCCCCAGCCUCGCUAAUGAUGCAUACUGCUAGCAGUUAAUUACCUUUCAUCAUGUCUAUUUCUCUACUAGUUGUCGUGGACGGGCCUUGAUUGCGUCCAAUAUCUUCCGGGAGGGCAGUUCAGGAACAAGCCUCGAGGUUGGAGUCCUUAACUUGGAACUUCGGGUUUUUUCAUGACAAAUCCAUGAAGCUACCGCUGAUUGCAGGGUGAUGUCAUUGCGC